AGUUGAAAUAGGGAAUUUAGUUGAAGAACACCUUUGCCGGUUGAUAGAGACAGCGCUCUCUUUGCUUUACGAAAGCACGUGUUGUGCCUUGAUGUGGUGCUACUACUGUGUUUGUGAAUUGGGAUUUGAUCCAGAAUUGGGAAUUGCCUAGGAAUUGCGUCGGAAUGGGGCAGGAGAGGGACGGUUUUUCGGAUUUUUCUUUCGGCACAUGGUGAGCGGGCAACCCCCUUGAAGAGAUGAGCGGGUCAUGCGCGCCGGCCUGUGCACGGUAAGCGCCCCUCUGGCCGCGUGCAGCCCGGCAGCAGCGCUACCCCCGUCGGCUCGCUUCUUGGCCCUACAUUUGCUGCACCAACAAACCCUUUAUUUCAUCGUACAAGCCAAAUCCAGGGUCAGGGAACUGUACCAGCAGACAUGCCUGCACUUCGCCCAGCAGGGGAUGCUCGACACCGAUUUGUUCGGGCUGGCCCUCAUCUGCGAUGGCGAAUACCUGUUCGCCGAGCUCGAUAGCAAACUCUCGAAGUAUGCCCCCAAAAGUUGGCGUUCAUCGCACAGCCAUGGCUUGGACGCAAACGGGCGUCCGGCCCUCGCCUUCUACUUCCGCGUCCAAUUCUACGUGGACAGCCCGCUACUCCUCCGCGAUGAAACUACUCGACACCAUUACUACCUUCAGCUCCGUCUUAACGCAGCUUCUGGAGCCGCUGGCGACGUUGCGAUGCACUUGGCCGGUCUUGCUCUACAAGCAGAUCUCGGCGAUCGAACUGACUCCACCACGUUCCGACCUGAAGACUACGUUCCACCGAACCUACGUGGUCCUGCUGCUCUACGUACUAUCCAAGUGUUGCAUCGCUCCCAUCGAGGACUCUCCAAAACCGAAGCGAGGUCACGGUUUAUAACGGAAGCAUGCCAGCUGGAGGAGCCCGUCAACGCGCACGUCUUCCGACUGAGAGCCUCCAAGGCCGAGCAAGCCCCCGGGUCCAUCCUCCUGGCCGUCUGUGCCAAAGGGCUGAAGGUGUGCCCCGAUAACAACCCCCCRUCGAUCUUCCUCUGGAGCUCCAUCGGGAAGCUCAGCUUCGAACGCAAGAAAUUCGAGAUUCGGACAGGCCACGAAAAGUUGACUUUAUACACCAGCAGUGAUGAAAAGAGCAGAUUGUUGCUCGCGUUAUGCAAAGCGGCCCAUUUGUUCAGCAUGGCCGUGGCGCCGAGACUCAGUGAGGCKCGCMGGGAGGAGGAGGAGAAGCAGAGAUGGGAUUGCGACCAGAGGAUUUCGGUGAUUUCGAGCACUUCGUCGAAUACGACGUCGGGGAUUGUGAGCGAUCGGGUUCAUAGUGAGGACGAGUUGGAGAUUAUGAUAACGAGUCCGCCGGCACCUUCUACGGAGAGUUUGGCUCUGGCUCACCUGCUGGACAGUGCGCCAGCUAGCAGCCGAACCUCGGCGGCGUCGGCGACGGCUGCGCUUACUGCACUCUCCCUCAAAGAAGAAGAAGAAGAGGUCAGCAAGCCGGCUUGUAGCGAAAGUUCGGCUAAGACGGCCGCGAGCGGAAAGUGUGCAGGGUCGCAAUGCAGCUCGUCGUGCAGCACGGUGGUGGUGACGCCGGUGCAAAAUAAAACSAAAGGCCGCAGACCGUCAACCAGUAGCAGUCUCGAACUCGGUUACUCUCACACGGCCCAAAAUUCGGCCGUUAGUGAUGCAACUUGUAUCGAACUAGACACUCGAGAACCCGUCUACACGUCGGGCCCGGCCCCCAGCAGUCACACUAGUGGCGUCUACACUCUCACUUCCAGUGAUCAAUACACRCUAAGUUCGGAUCAGUACGCCAGUCAGAGUGAUCAAGUCGAURGKCCCUUCAGAGACAGAUCWAACUCAAAYGUCAGCAAYUCGGGGUCGUUCCAUGGCGAUGGUAGCGACCCCACUGAUAACAAACAAGCACUGUUAUCAGCAGAGGAAUUGUCCGAUUUGAUUGUGGGCCGGUACCCCAGUUGCAAAAGUGUGAGUCAUACGCUGGAUUCGGAUUCGGAUUAUGUGACCCUUCCGUCGAGUUAUCAAGGUUACGUCCCGGUACCACCAAAACGGAUUGAUAGUGCAGCUGAACAAAGAUUUAGGCCUCCACCGCCCCCAUAUGGGGCCCAAUUGACCAAAGCACCAACGGAAGUCACAGAGUUUGAUGAUCAAAGUUUUGUAUCKGAAUUGUCGAUGCGAGAGCCGCCCCCAUACCCCGAAAAUCCGACCCCGGUACCACCCCCAGUGUACCCCUCUGAAGAGGCGGCUGCCCGUUUCAUUACCACUAGAUCCCCGAGUAUUUUAACCGCACAUGCGAGCAGUGUUGGAGUUUCCCCAUCUCCGAGUUAYUCAACCCCAAGUUCAGUCCCUCCAAUCCCCCCGAAAGUCCCUAGAGGUGUUCCUCCAAUCAACGCGAUCAUAACUCCAAACAAUUACUUGGACGUUGCUGCUAGUAAAGCCAGUGUUUUGGUCCCUUGUACGUUCCUYCCACCUCCACCUCCUGCCCCCAGACAACCACCUCCACCGCCCCCAGCUUUGGCUACAGUCUACACCAGUCAAUUGUCCCGCUCGCAGAUCGAACAAUACAAACAACAGAUGUAUAGUGACGUUGAUUUUGUCAUGUUCCCACUAAAAGAACCAGCAAUCAGUAAACAGGAAUAUUUGGAAGCUAAGUUGGCAGCAUUGGUACAAACGCAACCUGUGUUUUAUCGCAGUACUUCAUAUUUAGGACGCUAUGCAUCCAGUCAGAAUCUAUCUGAUACUUAUGUCCAGCUUCCGGUUUAUGGAACAACGGCUGGGGGGUUGGAUCCGCCGCCCCCGCCGUUGCCGCCAAACCGCCCCCGGUUCAUGCGGACGCGCUCCGACGAUAAUAUUCUGAAUUCGUUGGAUGCGCCACAACCGCCGUUCCGGCGGCGGUUGCCGCCGCCUCCGCCAAUCGAAGAGAAGAAGAAGUGCGAGGCGAAAGCCGAGUGUGACAAAGGUUUAGAUAUUCGUACAUUGAGAGAAAAGAGCAAGAAAAUGGACUUGCCGCUGAUUUCCGCGUUGUGCAAUGAUCGGUCUCUGAUAAAGCAGACGAAAGCGUUCGUAAUGCCGAAACACCCGGGCGAAGUGACCCCGCGAUCGCUGAGUAGUACGCGUGCGAAGUAUCCAGUGUCGGGAUUGAGCAGUACGAGGAUCAGCAAGACGACGAGGAAGAUGCCGUCGAUUAGCCAUCGGCAUCCCGGRGACAAACUYCCGGAGAUCCCGAGGGCCCAGCCAAAUAAUUACGUGACGGAUCCGCACGCAAAACACAAAACUAUGCAGUCACAUUCGUGAACUGAUCAUUUCCAGUGCUAGAGUAGAUGAAUUGUUAUACUCAGGGUGCCAUCAUUGCAAUAUGUUAGGUUUAGGAAGGGGCCGAUCUUUUGGACAAACGGAAGGGAUGCAGGUUUUACACUUUUUGACAAAAUAUCGGUGCCUUUUGCCAUCCCUGUAUGUACAUAAAUGGUCAUUUUUUAAUACCGCACGUAAGUUUACAGUACAUAUGUAUGUUUAGCAAUAAUGUAUACACUUGCUCAACUUUUAUUAUUAAAGUAAUUAUAUUUUUAACAUUG